CGCCGCCCAACCUUGUUCGUUCCUUCCUCCAUUUUGCAUUCCACUCAUAUGCGACCCAUAUUAUAGCCGCCGCCUGUUUAGCGCCGUCUAUCGUCUUACAUCGCCUAUGCCGCCGCUCGCUGUGCCGCCCUCGCUUUCCUCUCUCCCGACGCCCCAGCUUUCGGCCCUCGCCAACCCAACCGACCCGAUCAAUUUUCGCACACACCGAAGCUCCACCGUCCACCACACAACAAAAACAGAGAGCUUGCUACCUGCUAUAACACAACGACACAACAAGCAAAAGAAGGGGUCUCGCCGGGAAUCGAACCCGGGACCACUCGCAAUUGGCUUAGAGUUUUCAAGAAUUGCAUGAGCAAAUCUCCCUAAGCGAGUAUCAUACCGCUAGACCACGAGACCUGA